UCCCAAUCGGCUGCCCAGCGAGGACUGUGAUCGUCCGGGAGUGACGCAUCACAAUAUACAAUCCAUGACUCCUUUCCCAGCAUUCGCGCCGGAACGGCGACGAGACCGGACUCCGCACUGAGCCCCCUCCCUGCCUCUCACGGAGCAUGGCUACUACUGCCGACGCGCGGGCGGCCGCCGCCCUCUUCCAGGCGCGGCUGAAGCCUGGCACCCGCGUCCAGGCGCGCUACAACGACGGCUCCGGCAAACUCCAGUGGUACGAUGCUGUGGUCGUCGUCGGCAGCGCGACGAACGGCAGCGACGUGCGCGUGCGGUGGAUGGGCUAUGGCACCGUCGACGCGGUAUCCGCGGCGGCCGUGCGGCCGCCGCCGCCGCUGCCGGCCGGCUGGCUCGAGAGCACGGACGAAGAGAGCGGGUUCCCCUACUACGAGAACGCGACGACGGGCGAGACGACGUGGGCGCGGCCGGCGCCGCCGCGGCGGCCGGCGCUGCCGAAACGCGCGGUCGUGCCACACCUACGCGCGGCGGCGGCGGUGGUCGGCGGUGUGCGCGCCGGAGCCGCGGCCUCGCCUUACGCUGGCGCCGCGGCGACAGCGCCGCGAGCGGGCGCGCGUGCCGUGGUCACCUCGCCGGAGCCCGUGGCGACCGUCGGGGGCUUCGCUUCCAAAAAGAAUCGCCGGGCCAUUACGAGUGCCGCGGCGAAUUCGCCCGUAGCAAUCGUGGGCGGAUUUGCGUCGAAGGCGAACCGCCAGGCGAUCCGCCGGUCGCGCGCCCUGACUUCGAACAUGACUCCCGAGCAAAUCGCGGCCAUGGUCGACGCCGCGCGGAGCAAUGGGUUCGCGGGCGGCUGUGGCGGCUGCGACUGCGGGGUCGCGGGGUGUUAAGAUGAACUGUGUGUUGAAAACCCCACUCCAGGCUCUUACCCUAUCCUCACCAUCCGACCCGCACGGAGUCUCGCGCUCACAUUUGAUUUCAUUCUGCCUGCUCACAUAGGCGCUGCCCCCCCGUGGCAUUUGUGGGUUUCAGCAUGUUUCACAGCGGCUUUGGCUACGGCUUUGGGUGCUUCGAUGACAGAAUCGACCGCAGUGGCUUUGCGGAGAAGUCGGCAGCGGCCCAGCGGCGAGAGGACGCGGCCAAGGAGGCGUUCAACAAGAUCCGCGCCGAGACAGAAGCGAGCGCCACGAAGGACACCAUCGUCGUCCAGCUCCUGAAGCCGUCGACGCACCUGACGCAGCCGUGCUGGUCGGCCUUCUCGAAGCACGUCCGCAGCUUCCCGGGCUGGACGCCGAAGCGCCGCGUCACGACGGCCGAGGAGAAGCGGCAGCACGGCGAAACGCGCCAAAACUUUAUUAUGCUCGAUCACGCGCGCCCAAAAAAAGGCGGAAAAAAUGCACAACGCCUGGGCGGUGGCCGUGGGCGAGCCUGAUUUUGUCGCGAUGGUCGCGGGGGACCUUGACGUCCAAGCGAUCCGAAAGCGAAUCGAAGGAAUACCGUACGGCGGCGCCGUCGUCGUCAAACCCGUCGCGGACGUCGCGGGCCCGACCUUCGAGGGCUCGGAGCGCUUCCGGCACACCUACGCGAAGCUCCACGUCUUCAAUCUGACGGCCUACGAGCGAGUCGUCUUCGUGGACGCCGACGCGGUCGUGCUCCGCGACGUCGCGGCGCUCUUUCUGCUCGACCGCGCGAGGUGGUGCGCGGCCGCGCCCGACCACGGCAAUCGCCUCCGGGACGACCCGGUCGCGAAGUUUAACACGGGCGUCCUGUCCGUGGCGCCGAGUGCCGAACGAUUCGCCAGGCUCCUCGCGCGCCUGAAGCGCUUCGAGCUCACGACCGGCCACGCCGCGGCCGGCUCCGACCAGGGCUUCCUCCAGCAGUUCUUCCGCGAAAAUGAGGGCUUCCUGUUGCUCCCGCACGCCUACAACGUCCUCAAGCGCCGCGAGAAGAAGCUCGGAAAGUCGUUCCGCAUCCAGGACGUCUUCGUCCUGCACCUCGUCGGCGGAAAGCCCUGGGAGCCGGGCGACCCGGGCGCGGGCGAGUACCCGCUCUCGCACGGCGCGUGGCACGCGAUCCGGCGCGAGUGCGGGUUGCCGGACGACGGGUAUUAA